AUGUCUCUCGGGAGUGCUGGUGUGACUUUUGAGAGCGUGAUCGGUUUUGGGAUUGUUGCGUACCAGAUUGACUGGAGCCCUCCUCGCCCCAAUUUCUCCUUUGCCGGAGGUUGCGAUUCCUUUCUUGGCGUCGACCCCUUGCUUCCAGUUCUAGAUCCAUUACCAGUCUACGCAACCACUCCAGUUCUCGAUGCAGCUUAUUGUCUACCCUGCUUUGUCUUUCAUAAUCCAAAUGUGGUUGUGGGACAAAAUACAUUCAUUGUUGGUGGAUUUAAAAAUUGGAAAAAGGUUGGGGGCAAAGAUUGUUAUUUUCAAGGUCAUAUAGGAAAAGAUCCUAACUCAGUUCAUAGAGUUGCUGAGCAAAUGUGUAAGGAUUUGAUGAACCAAUUGCAGCAUUUGCAAAGGGUAGUUGAUCAUUUCACUACUGAACAAAUUGCAAAUAAUCGAUUGCAACUGAAGGACACAAUUUUUAUUAUUGCUGAAAUAAUAGAAAAAGCUCCUAAAAAUGCAACCUACACAUCACCUAGGAUUCAAAAGGAAAUUCUACAUGUUUUCUCAGCCAAAGUGAAGAAGGUCAUUCAGGAAGAAAUUGGUGAUGCAAAGUUUUGCAUAAUAGUUGAUGAAGCUCGUGAUGAGUCCAUGAAAGAGCAAAUGGCUGUGGUUUUUAGACAUGUUGAUGCAGAAGGCUUUGUGGAAGAAUGUUUUUUUGGGCUUAUUCAUGUUGUUGACACUGCGACUUUGACUCUAAAGAAGGGGAAAUAUUCUUUGUUAUCUCAACAUUGCUUAGAUAUACAAAAUAUUCAAGGGCAAGGAUAUGAUGGAGCAAGCAACAUGCGAGGUAUUUGGAAUGGAUUACAAGCUUUGAUUUUGAAUAAUUGCCCAUAUGUUUACUACAUCCAUUGUUUUGCACAUCGCUUACAAUUGACAUUAGUAAAAGCAUUAAAACAAGUUGUUCCCAUUAGUCAUUUUUUUCUUACAUUGCUUUUUCUGAUCAAAAUUGUUAAUGCUUCAUGCAAGCGCAAUGAGCAAUUGAAAGUUGUCAAUGCUAAUGAAAUAGCAUGUUUGAUUGAUCUUGAAGAGCUUGAGACUGGAAGUGGACUUAAUCAAAUUGGCACUUUACAACGACCUGUAGAAACACGUUGGAGUUCACAUUUUAAAUCAGUUUCUAGCUUAUUAAGGAUGUUUACCUCAACUGUUGAAGUUUUACAAAAUAUAAUUGAUGAUGCAAUUAAUGGAGAACAUCGGGCAAAAGGAGAGUCAGCUUAUGAUGGAUUAACUUCAUUUGAAUUUGUCUUCAUCUUGCAUCUUGAGAAGGAAAUUAUGGAGAUCACUGAUAAACUUUGUCAAGCUUUGCACAGCCAAUCUCAAGGCAUUUUAAAUGCCAUGCAUUUAGUUUUAUCUACUAAAGCACUUAUCCAAAAAUUUAGAGAUGAUGGAUGGGAUGGCUUACUCACCACUGUGAUAUCAUUUUGUGAGAAGCAUUGCAUUGAUAUUCUGGAUAUGAAUGCUCGUUAUGUUGCAAGGCGAGGUCGAGCUCGUAAUCAGCAAGAUAACGUUACAAAUAAGCAUCAUUAUCGAGUAAAUAUUUUUUAUGCUACAAUAUAUUCUCAACUACAGGAACUAAAUUAUUGGUUUAAUGAAGAUGCAAUGGAGUUACUUAGGCUUAGCUCAGCUUUAGAACCUCAAGAGGCAUUAAAAUCUUUCAGAAUUAGUGAUCUUUGUUUGUUGGUAAAGAAUUUCUAUCCACAAGAUUUCACAGAUUAUGACAAACAAGUGUUAGAGAAUGAGCUUUAUCAUUUUGAGCACAAUGUAGUAGUCCAAGAUCCAGAGUUCAAAAAAUUGAAAAGUUUAUCUAAGUUGUCUUAA